AUGGCAUCCACUCAACAUAAGGAAACAACUGAAUUAUCAGCACAAACAAUGAAACGAAGCAUUUCUAGCGACAUUCAAAUGGAAACGAAAAAGAUUAUGGUUAAUCAUGAAUGUUCAAAACAAACGAGUCAAUUCAUUGCGGCAGCACCGCCCCCAAUUAAAUUUGUAAGCGCAGCUACAAUGGUCGCCUCCAAAAACACUAGCAAUGAUGCAAUACCAGAGAUAUCUGACGAGGAAUUACUCGAAAUGACGUUAGCAUUCGAGAAGCAACAACAACAAGAACAACAGCAAUAA